AUGAAUGUCAUUUUAAAUGAUUGGAAAAUUACAGAAAAGGUUGUUACCAUUAUUUCCGAUAAUGGAAGUAACAUUAAAUGUGCAAUAAAUCAAUGUAUCCAGAAACAUAAUCAUCCAUGUGUCGCUCAUACUCUAAAUGUAUGUGUUACAUAUAAAGAAAAUGAAACGUUUUCUUUAAUUUUAAAAAAAUGUAGAGCUCUUGUAACCCAUUUUAAUCACAGUGUUCUGGCAAGCGAAAAGUUAAAGAAUACUCAAGAACAAAUGGGGUUUUCUGUCCUUAAAGUAAAACAAGAUGUCUCAACGAGAUGGAACUCCAGUUUAAUAAUGCUGGAAAGACUUCUAGAAAUUAAAAAUGCCCUAAGUAUUAUAUUAUCCGAUUUACCAAAAGCUCCUGCCAGUUUGGAUGCGACGGAAUGGGCCAUUAUUUGGGAUUGUGUUCCAGUGCUUAAACCAAUUGAAGUUUUGACAUCAAUAUUAUCUGCAGAAAAGUAUGCAACGAUAUCUUUAAUUGUCCCAUUAAUUAGAGGUCUUCAACAUAGUCUUAAGCACAUAAACACAACAACGGAGACGUCCUUAAAACAAUGCUGUGACAUUGCCAUUUUAGUUACUUUGAAACGAAAAUUUAACCAAUUAACGGUAUCUACAGCGGAAGCAGAAUCAAAUUUUAAAACAUUUAAACAAUUAUUAGAGGAUGCUUGGAGAUUUGAGAUAUCCACAGUUGCUGCUGCAGAUUUAAACGUGAAGAAGUGGAAAAAGCUGACUAUUCUACCACUCGCAAGUGAUCUAAAGUUGUUAAGAGAAUAUUUAUUAAAUAAAGCAGACCAAGCGAUUAAAAAUUUGCAAAGCAACGGAAAUAGCCUUAAGGAUUAUAAGUUAUUAAUGGAGACUAUUUUUUGCCGUUUAAUAUUACUUAAUCGUAAAAGAGUAGGUGAAUUGGAGAGAAUGCCACUUCACGUAUAUUUACAAGCAGAAACUCAUCAGACUUACGAAGAAUUUUCUCAAGCAAUUACACCUACUGAACAAAUAUUAUUACAUACAUUUAAAAGAGUAAUUCGUGGAAAACGUGGAAGAGGAGUACCUGUACUUUUUAGUACAGACUUACAGAAACACACUUCCGGUUUGACGGAUCUAAGAAAACAAUUUGUGGAAGAUUCAAAUACAUUCCUAUUUCCGAAACUUGGAACGAAAAAUCCUAUAACCGGAUAUAAAAUUAUGGAAAAACAUGUAAGAUUGAGUGGUGUGAAGAAUCCUGCCGCAAUCACAUCAACAAGAUUGCGAAAACAUCUAGCGACUUUAACUCAAAUCUUUAACAUGUCACCAAAUGAUAUCGAACAAUUGCCUGAUGACAUAUAUCAAACGGCAAAAAUAUCCAAAUUGUUAAUGUUAAUGGAGAAGGGAGAAGCAGCUGCAUUCAAAGGAAAAACUUUAGACCAAAUCGAGUUGAAUAUUGAAGAAGAAAGAGUAGAAGAAGACGAAAUAAGUGAAUCAGAAUCAGAAUGCGAAAUUGAUGUGAUUCCAACUUAUACUAAUAACAACAACGUCCCUACAGAUGUAUCCGCCCCUAAAAAGAAAGGUCGUACUUUGGUUCCGUGGACAACAGACCAGAAGAAAUUGACAAAAAAAAUUUUUGUGGAUCACAUUAAAAAUAAAAUUCCUCCUAAAAAAAUGGAAUAAGAUAGGCCAACAGAAAAAGUUUACCACUAUCUGCAAAAUGUUUCUAAAGCUGCUACUAAAACAAACUUGGAAAAUAUUGAUCCUUAUGAAUUUGAAGAUGAAGAAAUUCAUGACUUUGGAAAUGUGAGUUGCACAAUUUCAAAACCAGAUAUAGUGUACGAACGUUGUUUAUCUAAACCAGUAAACUGUGAGUCAAAUACCGUUAAGAAAUUUAACUUGAUUAAAAUUCAUCCUUAUGAAUUUGAAAAUGAAAAAAUUCAUGACCUUGAUAAUGUCAGUUGCACAGUUUCAAAACCAGAUACAGUGUACGAUUGUUCUCUCGAAAAUGAACAACUUUUCGAAAAGAACGUUUUAAAUAAAUACGAACUUAAUAGAGAUUCAUAUAAAGAGAAUAAAAACAAAAUCGUGAUUUUGGAAGACAUUGUUUUAUCUAAUCCAGUAAACUAUGAGUCAAAUACCGUUAAGAAAUUUAACAUUGAUUCUAAAGAGACCAAUUCGCAAAUGUCUAACUACAGUAACUCAGAUACUGAUUAUUUGCCACCAACAGAUUCAUCAAAUUCUUCUUUAAAAGAGAGUAGUGAUGAUGCCAAUUUCUUAUUAGUCAAUAAAAAUACUGAAGAAAAUAAUUCGAUGUAUGCCAGAGAUAUAACAACUUCUCAGGAGACGGUGGUCCAACCUCGGUUCCUGAUCGUCAAAAGAAAAGAAGACGAAUUUGCAACUGUAAAUCCCUUCUUAAUUCAGCAAUUUGUAUAUGGAAGAUUCGGACAAGUCAAAAACCUAAAGAAUAUUAAAGAUGAUUAUGAAGUAGAAAUUAUACCACAUUCUAAAUUGAAUCAAUGCAUUGUACAUUGCAAAGACCUUUUAAAUUGUUCAGAGCAAAAAAUUUUAGAUGAAUUAAAAAAUCAAGGAAUAAUCGAUGUUAAAAGGAUUAAAAGUAAACGAGAUAGUAUUUUGGUAGACACACCCAGUCAUGUUUUAACAUUCAAUACUCCUAAGCUACCCAAAGAAGUUAAAGUUGCCUUCUAUUUGUUGAAAGUACAUUUCAUACCAUCAUCUCUUCGAUGUUUCAGAUGUCAACGUUUUGGACAUGCAGCUGUUAGUUGUUCUAAAGAUCAAGUGUGCGUAUGUGACAAACCUUCACAUAUUGGAAAUCCUUGCGAACACCCGAUAAAAUGCGUAAACUGCGAAGGCCCACAUCCAGCUAGAUCAAAAGAUUGCCUAAUAUAUAAACAAGAAUAUGCCAUCCAAGAACUAAAAGUUAAAGAAGGACUGUCUUAUAUAGAAGCAAAAAGAAAAAUAAACAUAAACACCCCUAAACCUAAUACUUCCUACUCCCAAGUAACUACGUUUCGUCCAUCCGCUCCUGUUCCUACCGUAAACACACAGGAAUUGGUAAUAGAUUCUGAAUCUGAGUCUACAACUAGUAAAAACACUACAAAAACAACAAGUACCACCUGA